GUUGGUUAUGCACGUACCAAGAUGGAUCACGAGGAUUAUUUGAAACGUAUUACGCAAUACAUCAAAGUCGGUGACGAUGGUGAUAAAUUGGAAGAGUUCAAAAACUUGACAGAUUAUGUCUCGGGUCAAUACGAUCAAGAUGCCUCCUAUCAACAAUUAAACACCUUUAUCACCAACAGCGAAAUCGAACGCAAAGUCGCCUCCCCCAACCGUGUUUUCUACAUGGCUUUACCUCCUUCCGUCUUCAUCCCCGUUGCUCAAGGCUUAAAACGUAACGUCUAUGCAGCCAACGGUAUCAAUCGUCUCGUUGUCGAAAAACCCUUUGGUAUGGAUUCUGAGAGUUCAAACCAUUUAGGUCGUGAAUUAGGCGCUCUUUUCACUGAAAACGAGAUCUACCGUAUUGACCAUUACCUCGGUAAGGAGAUGGUCAAGAAUAUCAUGAAUCUUCGUUUCGCAAACAUCUUCUUUUCCCAAAUUUGGAAUCGCAGUAACAUUGACAAUAUCCAAAUUACAUUCAAGGAGCCUUUCGGAACCGAGGGUCGUGGUGGUUAUUUUGACGAAUUCGGUAUUAUCCGUGAUGUUAUCCAAAACCACUUGUUGCAAGUACUUACUUUAAUCGCCAUGGAAAGACCUAUUUCAACCGAUUCGGAAGCAAUUCGUGAUGAAAAAGUCAAGGUAUUGAAAUGCAUUCAACCCAUUGCUUUGGAAGACACACUUUUAGGUCAAUAUGUUGCUGCUGAUGGUAAGCCUGGUUAUCUCGAGGAUGAGACAAUCAAGGCCAAGGACAGUUUGACACCUACCUUUGCUGCUGCUGUGUGUUGGGUCAACAAUGAACGUUGGGAAGGAGUUCCAUUUAUUUUAAAGGCCGGUAAAGCUUUAAACGAAGCCAAGGUGGAAGUGCGUAUUCAAUUCCAUCACGUUGCUGGUAACUUAUUCAGUGGAUCUGCACGUAAUGAACUCGUGAUCCGUAUCCAACCCAAAGAAGCGGUCUACAUGAAGUUCAACAACAAACAACCUGGCUUGUCCUACCAGACCAUCCAAACCGAUUUGGACUUAUCUUACCACGAACGUUACUCGGAAUUACAUAUACCUGAUGCUUACGAAUCGCUUAUUUUGGAUGUAUUACGUAACGAUCAUUCCAACUUUGUGCGUGAUGAUGAAUUGGAGCGUGCCUGGAAGAUCUUUACACCUUUACUCCAUCAGAUUGACGGCCACGAUUCUCAAGUCGAUAUCAAGUCGUAUCCUUAUGGCUCGCGUGGUCCCAAGGAAUUAGAUGCCUUUGUCAAGAAAUAUGGUUAUCAUCGUGAUGCCAAUGAUUACACCUGGCCUCGUCAAAAUGUCAACCCUGCCACUAACAAACUUUAAUUAUUUUUAUUUAUUUUUCAUUUUGUGCAUCUCUCCUCGUAAAAAUUAUCCCCUCUUCCUUGUUUAUUUUUUUUUUUUAUAUAUUCCCCCACCCCCCACCCUUUUUUAGUUCCUUUCUCACUCUUAACAAAAAAAAAAAAAAAAUCACUCACUCUCACACACUUCUUGUAUUGUAAUUUUUUUAAAUAAAUCUUCAUUUUUUUUUUUGU